CACCCGGUUCGCCAAUACGGCUCAAUCGCUAUGGUUACGCCUCCCCGCACUCUCAGGCGGAACCGGAAGCGGCCCCACCCCCGUAUAAAAAUAAGCGCGGGUUGGCGGGAGCGGGUUGCUGCUGUUGCUGGAGGUGACAAGCAGCAGCUAUGCAGGCGUUUCUGAAAGGCCCGUCCUCCAUCAGCACCAAAGCGCCAGCCUCCAAGGAGCGAGGGACGGCUGCCGCCGCAGGAGCCAGCGGCGAGGGCAAGAGACUCAAACCCAUCCCUUGGGUGGAGAAAUAUCGUCCGAAGUGUGUGGAUGAAGUUGCAUUCCAAGAGGAAGUUGUUGCUGUGCUGAAAAAAUCCUUAGAAGGAGCUGAUCUUCCCAAUCUCUUGUUUUAUGGCCCACCUGGAACAGGAAAGACUUCUACUAUUUUGGCAUUAGCCAGAGAACUCUAUGGACCCGAAUUGUUCCGACAGAGAGUUCUUGAGUUAAAUGCUUCUGAUGAACGUGGAAUACAAGUGAUUCGAGAGAAAGUGAAGACAUUUGCUCAGCUAACUGUGUCUGGAAGUCGUUCAGAUGGUAAGGUUUGUCCUCCUUUUAAGAUUGUGAUCCUGGAUGAAGCAGACUCCAUGACUUCAGCCGCUCAGGCAGCCUUGAGACGCACUAUGGAGAAAGAAUCUAAAACUACACGCUUCUGCCUUAUUUGUAAUUACAUCAGCAGGAUAAUUGAACCCUUAACAUCUCGAUGCUCCAAAUUCCGUUUCAAGCCCCUGACUGAUAAAAUCCAACAGCAGAGACUAUGGGCUGUUUCUGAAAAGGAAAAUGUGAAAGUUAGCAAUGAGGCAAUGUCUUGUCUUGUUCAAGUGUCAGAAGGAGACUUAAGAAAAGCAAUCACAUUUCUUCAAAGUGCUACUCGAUUAACAGGUGGGAAAGAGAUCACAGAGAAGGUUGUCACCGAAAUUGCAGGGGUUGUCCCUAAAGAAACAAUUGAUGGACUGCUCUCUGCCUGUCAAAGUGGCUCUUUUGAAAAACUGGAAACUGUAGUUAAGAAUCUGAUAAAUGAAGGGUAUGCUGCUGCCCAGCUUGUAAACCAGCUUCAUGAUGAUAUUGUUGAGAGAGAGGAUCUCACUGACAAGCAGAAAUCUAUUAUUGCCGAGAAACUUGCUGAGGUAGACAAAUGCUUGACAGAUGGUGCAGAUGAGUACUUGCAAUUGAUCAGUCUCUGUGCCGUUGUGAUGCAGCAGCUAACUCAGAAUGGCUAGUUCUUCAGGGAGAAAUUGUGCCAGCUGAAUUUCUCAGUUCUGAUCUUCAGAUUGCUGUUUUGAGAGAGCAGUAACAUCAAUAAAGCAAUCUGUACAUUUAUUUUUGUGGUUUUGUAAUAAUAGACUGCCAAACAACUGAAAAACUCAUUCUAGGAACUGAACACUUGCUAUUUUGACAUAAUCAAUGCUUCACACUUGUAGCUACACCUCACAAUUCAGAGGGCUUGAAAGAAACAGUUGGAUGAAGAAGGAGCAGGGGCUGGAUGCCACUAACUGAGCUCAAGUACUUGCUGUCAUUUCAUAGUGGUGGGGGUCUUGGAAAUUAAAAAAAAACCUUUCAAAA